AUGCCCGGCUUCGCAGCACAGCAUCUGGCCAGCGUGGCUGCUCCAGCUGUUGGAACAUUGAGUACUCCGCAAUUACCAGCGACGACGGGUGGCAGCAGCGCCUCAACCUCCGCAGGUCUCGUCCCUGCUUCCACGACCAGCCUUCCGGCCCCGUCGUACCCAUCUCAGCCUGCAACCGCAGGUUCCCCCAACGUCGUACCCCCGUCCAACUUCCUCCUCCCGAGCAACGACACCCUAGUGCACACCAGCUCCCCGGAAAUUCGCUGGGGCGGCAACAACUGCAUGCUGGUCUGGAAUCGCAAUCACGAUUUGCAGGACGAGUGCAACAAUCCCGGGUUGGGAAAGACCCCGCCGAACAAGGUGCUGUGCUACACGGAAAAAACAGUUGAAGACCCAAAGAACCAAGUUUUGAAAACGACCGCCAAGCUCGGAAUCUGCACGAAAAGUUCCCACUUGUACAAUUGCGAUGUGGACUCUCCGUGGCAGAUGGUCGGGAAGAUCGACACGAAUCCGGGCACGAAAAUCUUCGACGACUUGCAACUAAAAGAGUUCGAAAACGACCCGGAUCCGGAGAUACCCUUGAUUAACCAAAAGUACCACGAAACGGCAGAGAAACUGCUGGCGAAGCACAAUAGGAUCGCGGUCUCGGUGGAGAAAGCUUUCGGGGGGGAGAAGUUUUUCGCCGCCCCGGUCGCGGCGAUUGAUAAUUUUUUGGACUUGCCAGGGAAUAAACAGGGUGUGCAAAGUCAGAGUUUGUCGUGAAAAGAAACGUGACAGUGGAUGGUGAAUGUGAAGAUGUGCUUGGAGACGCGCCUGAAGGAGAUGCUGAUCUAGAUAAGUGCUGACGUUUCAAGAACGUUAGUUUCGAAAGUUUAAAAGUGUCUUCUGCGUACUUAU